AUGGGUCGUAAAAGGAAAUCUGCUAGAGAGAAAAGACUGGAUAACUUUAGGUCAAAUAGAUCAAAUUAUUUGGAUUCUACUGAAAAUAAGAAGAAGAAGAUGGGACAUAAAGUUGAUGUUGAUGAUAAAGUCGCAAAUUCUUCUGAUAAGCAAAGUUUGAAUAAAUCUAAUGUUGAAAAUGAUCAUGAAAAGCAAAAUAAACAAAAAUCAGAUAAUAAAAAAGUUUUGAUAUAUCGAUUGAUAUCAGAUAAUAAGGAAAAAUUAAUGCAAAAUGUUAAAUCAGAAAUGGUUAAAUCUUCAUUGGAUAUUGAUAUUAGAAAUUUCUACAAAGGUCUUGAACAUGGAACUAUUGAGUAUUUCAAAAAAAACUUCUAUGAGUUCAUUGAAGAUUUUCUAAUGAUGUAUAUUGAUCCAGAAGUACGUCAUACUGAGGAUCUUGAAAUUGAUAUUAUACAUUUUGUUAAACUUGUUUUCUUUAUUAAAAAAAAUCCAUUCAUUAGACCAUAUAUUGAUAAUUUACAAUACAUUGAUACUACUGAUACUAAUUUAAUUGGUUGCUUUAAAAAUAUGAAACCAAAAUCAAAUUUUUCUUCAAAAUUUGAUGAUGAUAUAUUAAGAGAAAAAUUUAUUAAAUGUGAAAAUGAAUUACUUGAUAAGUUGAAAGAAAAACGUAAUGAAUUGAGUGAUUAUGAUUUUACAACUGAAAUAAAAGAAUUAUUAUGA